AUGGCUGCAGAAAAUCACUCUACAGUGACCGAGUUCAUUCUCAGGGGAUUGACAAAUCAGCCAGAGCUCCAGCUCCCCCUUUUCUUCCUCUUCCUUGAGAUCUACUUGGUCACCAUGAUAGGGAACCUGGGCAUGCUCACACUGAUUUGUCUGAAUCCUCAGCUUCACACCCCCAUGUGCUACUUCCUCAGCAAUCUGUCACUUGUGGAUCUCUGCUACUCCUCUGUCAUUACCCGGAAAAUGUUGGUGAACUUCGUGUCAGAGAAGAACACCGUCCCCUACGUAGGGUGCAUGUCACAGCUCCUUGUGUUUGUCAUUGCCGAGUGUUACAUGCUGACAGUGAUGGCCUAUGACCACUAUGUCGCCAUCUGCAGCCCUUUGCUCUACAAUGUCAUCAUGUGUCAUCAAGUCUGCUCCCUGCUGGUGGCUGUGGUCUAUGCCAUGGGGCUCAUUGGCUCAACAAUAGAGACUGGCCUCAUGUUAAAACUGUCCUAUUGUGAACUCUUCAUCAGUCAUUACUUCUGUGACAUCCUCCUCAUGGAACUUUCCUGCUCUAGCACCUAUGAUAUUGAGAUGACAGUCUUCUUUUUGGCUGGAUUCAACAUCAUAGUCACCAGUUUAACAGUCCUUGUUUCCUACGUCUUCAUCCUCUCCAGCAUCCUCCGCAUCAGCUCCACAGAGGGCAGGUCCAAAGCCUUCAGCACCUGUAGCUCCCACCUUGCAGCUGUGGGGAUGUUCUAUGGAUCUACUGCAUUCAUGUACUUAAAACCGUCCACAGCCAGUUCCCUGGCCCAGGAGAACGUGGCCUCCGUGUUCUAUACCACAGUGAUCCCCAUGCUGAACCCCCUGAUCUACAGCUUGAGGAAUAAGGAGGUAAAGGCCACCAUGCAGAAAACACUGAGGAGAAAAGCGUUUUGA